AUGCAAAACAAACUAUUAUACCUUUCAUGGCUGCCACCUUUUUCCAGAUCUGAGCAAAUAUCAGAAUACAAGCGUGAAUGCGAGCCCGUGCAAUGGGCAGAAAAGCGACUUCGGAGUCUCGAUGGAACAAAGCUAGCCAUUUGCGAGGGACACAUCCCCGACAGUCCGAAACAAGUGGAUGCAAAGAAACGAAAGAAGCUCGUGGUUAUUUGGAAAUGGGGGUCAUUACCGCUCCGACUACCACUCCUGUCGCAGUUCUUGAAUUCUGUCUCGAAGUCUCAGACCGGGCAGGCGCUCAAUGAUACAAAGUAUAUAGUUGUUGCCUUGUCAUACCGCGGCUACUGGACAUCGUCGGGGACAGCCACACAAUCGGGCAUUGAACAGGAUGCCCUGGCAUUUCUCAACUGGGUUUCGGCUACUUAUCCCUCACCGGAUACGAACUGCCAGGUGUUUUUGUGGGGCCAUAGCCUUGGUGCGGCUGUUGCAUCGUCCGCUAUGUCCAAAUACCUUACUCGAAUGGAUGCUCCCCCACCGACAAGGGGGGUUCCUCUUCUUCCCAUAUCUGGACUGAUCAUGGAAGCCCCGAUCUCGAACAUCAAGGAUAUGUUGAUUGCCUUGUAUCCUCAAAAAUGGCUUCCAUAUCGAUAUCUUUGGCCCUUCUCGUGGAAUACGUGGUGUAGCUCAAAGUAUCUCGAACAAUUGGCUAGGUAUCGCGACCGAGAUGCUGACCAACGAAUGAAGACGGAUGCCCCAUGUAAAGGUCGAUCCGUGCCUCCGAUACUUCUUCUGGCUGCCGAAAAUGAUGAAGUCAUCCCACCCCACGUGGCAGGACAACUCGAACAGAUAGGUCAAGAAUUGGGAUUGGAGAUUACACGAAAGGAUGUAAUAGGGGCCAUGCACACGGAGUGUGCUAUGAAGAAUGAUGGGAGAGAGGCUUUGGUCAAGUUUAUUCUUGAGCAUGCCAAUGGUGAUCCUGCGAAUGGAUGA